AUGAUCAUUCAAGCCUAUUAUUCAAAUUACAGUUUAAUCAAUCAACUUGAUCUUCAAUUAAUCAACCUGGCUAAUUCAAGGGAACGUCGGGAAAGGUAUUCAACCUUUGGCCGUGAUUCUAGAUCCAAAUUAACUAGUCGAUGGGAAGUAGUUCUAGUUUUAAUUGUUGUUGCAGCGGGAAUUGUUAUCACUACAAUUGCAGCAAUCAAAGCUAAAGAAAAAUCAGAUCUCGAAGCGCUUUUACUUGAAUCGAGUAACAAAAGAUCGCCAAAGAACAUUAAUUCCAAAAAUGUUACCACUCGAAGUUCAACCGUAUUUGAAGAUAAUUAUAUUAAUCGAAAAAGUAUAACCCGUUCAACCCCAGUAACGAAAGAUGAGUAUGGGGACAAUGGCAGUUCCGUUUCAACGCUACCGACAUCCGAAGGAGAAGUUACUAUUGAUAAUAGUAAUCAAGACAAUCCCGUAACCUCUUCGUCUUCAUCAUCAUCCCCGCCGCUUUCAUCGUCUCCCUCAUCAUCGUCACCUCCAAUUUUCACUUCGAGCUCAACAAGUGAACUAUUACCGGAAGCUGGAAGUAAAAAAGUUGAUUUCGAUGACUAUCUCGGAAUGGUUCCAGAUUAUGAUGCUGAAUAUGAUAGUAUUGAAAGUCGACUCGCACCAAUAUCGGUAAGUGCACGAGAAGAGAGUCAAAAUAAUGGACCAGAUAAUUUACCAGGUUAUCCACCUCCAAAUGGAACCUCAAUGGCAACACUUCACCAAAUAGCCAACGAACACGCUGAUCUAGCAGCCGAUGGUGCGGGCUUCUUAUUUGAGGUACCUCCAAAAAGUGAAUCAUCUUCAUCUUAUGCGCCAUCACCAUCAUCAUAUCCAUCAUCUUCAUUAUCUUCUUCAUCAUUAUCUUCAGUUCCAUCAUCGAAAAAUUUAUCUCCUUCUCUUCCAUCUGUUUUGCCAUCUCCAUUGUCUUCACUGUCAUCUUCGUCUUCGUCUUCGUCUUCAUCUUCAUCUUCAUCUUCUCCUUCUUCGUCCUCUUCAUCCUCUUCUUCAUCAUCUUCCUCCUCUUCAUCUUCAUCUUCACCUCCUAAGCAAUUAUUUGGUUCGAGGGCAAGUCAACGCUCUGCUCUGUCAAAUAAAUCAAAUUCACGAUUAAUGUUUUACAAAACUCCUGAUCCAGAUACUCUACCAUCUCUGAGUCAACCUCCGCCAUUGUCCGUAGCUGCACCUUCAUCAACUUACACCAAAACUUUGGCUCAACCACAAACAACAAAAUUGACCCCAAAAAAGCAGCAAUUAGCAACUCCAUCACCUUUAGCAGUAUCUAAAUCUCAAGCUAAAUUAACCAAUUUAGCUUCUCAGGCAGCGACCAUUUCCAAACUCCGACAACGUUAUGCACCAAUCAUUCAAAGGCAAAAUUUAAUCAGAAAUCAACCAUCAACUUCAGCCCUUGUUGAUUAUAAUUCACCUUUAUUAACUCAUCUUUUACGAGCUGCUCAUCAACAAGAAGCUGCUUCUGCAUCAAUGGGAUUAGCUGGACUUUCCCCAUCAGCUCAACGACUCCAUGCUCUUCGACUUUCCUCGGAACCGGAACAACUGCCAAAUCCUUUAUUAUCUCACACAAUCAGCUCAAGUUUGGCAGCUAAUUUUGGCAACAUUGCCGCGGCUAAUAAACCAAGUUUAAAUGAUUAUCAUGUACGAACACAACCAGUAGCUGCACCGAUUUUUACCAAUCAACACUUUGGAAUGCCCGCAAUUCGUACAAAAAGAUCAACAAUGUCAAAUAUUAACGAAGAUCAACAAAGUGAAACAGAAUUCAUAAGACCAGGAAUGGAGAGCAUAUUACCAUACACUUCGGAAGAUUCUUCCAAGAAAGAGGAAUCUCAAGACAGUGAAUCAAAAUCAAGUGAGAUUUCGACCCAUCGAGCUAAAGAUGGAACUAAAAAUAGCGAAUCAUCAAACGGAACAUCAUCAGGCAAUGACAAUGAUCUACUAAAAUCAGAAGCUUCCGGAUACUUUGCAUUCGACGAUGAAGAUCCCGAAUUGGCCUCACUUUUCAAUCUGGACAAUUCAUUUGAUAAACCUUCACCUUCUCCUAUGAAAACACCCUUUUCUUUGACCUCAACAGAUCGAAGGGCAAGAAAACGAAGGCCACAAACUUAUUUCCCCGCUGCGACUCCAAACACGAAGCAAAACUAUGGAAUUUUGGGAAGUGGAAAUUUUGAGAUUAUUCGUGGAGGAAUAUAUUCAGACGACGAAGCUAAAAGUGGCAGCGAUACUCAUUAUGCAAGGGGAAUGUCGGAAACUGUUAAAUCGUCAAAUAACGAUUUCGAUGAAUACAAUGAGGCCACAGUAAACUCAAAGGCUCCUUAUUCAACGGAAGAAUAUUUCUCCAAUAAUCCAGUUCUUGGAUUCCAGGGUUAUGACAAUUUCAGGGCAGCAUCGAACACACAGAAAAAGAUAGCUCCAAAUGGCGGAUCUCGUCGAGAAUCAACAGCUUCCGAUUCUUCUGAAAAUCUUCAUGUUUUCGUUGACCAUGAAUUGAUGACAGCCUCUUGAUUUUCUCGAACUCAACUCACUCUUACAAUUAAUCUUCUUUGGUAAUUCUGACCGAUAGAAUCUGUCAAGAGAAAGACCAGAUCAUUUUUUUCUCAUCAAAGUAAAAAUUAAAUAAAAGCCAACACUUAAGGCCAACACAUUUACGCUCAUGAUAAGAAUAAUCGAAAUUGUUUUUGGAUUAGGAUUCGAUAAAAAAAACCUAUUGUAAUGUUUUUCCAAACCAAAUUUUCACUAAUGUGCCCUAAUUGUCAACAAAUCGAGAGAGAAACAAAAACAUUGUUUCGAAACUAUGAAUACAAAGAAACUAUCAAUAUAUUAAUAAUAUUUUCCAUUCCAAGAGUAAAUUUUAUUCUUAAUAAAACCGUUAUGACGAUUUA